GGUAUACCUUCCAACCGGAAGUUUACAUUCCACACGUGGGAAAGAAAGACCCAAAUCCAAGUGACAGUGUUUAUAACGAAGCAAAGGUCUAUUAAUAAAACCUAAGAUGGCUAAAAGUAUCAGAAGCAAACACAAAAGGAAGAUGAGAGCUAUAAAAAGAGAAAGGUAUGGGAAAAAAGAAUUAGAAACUCUCAAGAAAACAGUUACUACAGAAGUUGCUUCUGCUAUUAAGGAAGAGGACAUGAAAGAAAUGUUUACAGUGAGAAAAGGUUGUGAGGUUGUCCAAGAAAUAAGAGAUGAAGAAAACAUGGACCUUGAUUCAGGAAAAAAAUACAACACAAGGACAAAGUUAGAUGAACAUGGAAAUUACCCAGUGUGGAUGAACUCUAGACAAAUUAAAAAGCAGAAGAAAAAGAAUAAGACACAGAAAACAAAACGAGCAGGAAAAGCAAAGAAAUGAAAAUGAUUUUGAGAAAAGCUGACAGAAGUUUUUCAAAGUUAUGUCUAAUUGUCUGCUGACAUCAUUGAAAAUGAUCUGUCAUUUUGUAUGCUAUUUUCAUAGUUCAGCAUAAUUUACUACCACAUGUUUACAUUCUGACAUUUAAUCAUUAAUGAUAUAAAGAAAGUAAAUUGUUGUUUGGGGGUACAUUUGAAGGUACAUGUAUUUAUUAAAUGCAUUUAUUUACAACUUUGUCAAAAAAAAUGUGUAGACUGGUUAAAAUGAAAUUGAAAAUAGAUUGAUGUGUUCAAAACUUUGUUGUCACUUAAAAUAUUUGAUAAGUUAGUCUUUCUUACCUAGGCUGAAAAAAAAAUAUGUUAAGAGUGUUAUAUAUAAUUUGUCUAUUAUUUGGAUAAAACAAGAUAAAUCUGUUUCACUGUGACCAUUUUAAUAUAUAUAAAAACAACAACAACAAAACCA